UUUGGUCUAGGGUCAAGUCCGCAGACACCAGAACACACGACUACCGUCACGAGCCAAGGGAGCGCGUGCGAGGGUCCGUUUAGCUAAAGCUAGCCGAAGCUAAUAGCCACAACUCAACGCUAUCGUAACUUACGUUUGUAACACACAAGAGGUAGAAACAGCAGGCGUUUGACGUUGCGAUUGGCUGAAAUGAUGUCAAUGUAACACGCGAAACACUUCGUAACAGCGUAUCCGUAUUGGCAGGGCUGAACGGAUCUCUAUUCUAUCCCAGUCUAGUAUUUUACGUCAAGAAAACCGGAGUCGAGGCUCACUACGUCACUAAGAAGCACAGACGAGUGUUUCCCCGUGUAAAGGUGACGGGUCGCGGCUCAGGGCCUGAGCAGCUGGGCGGUGGCUGGAGGAUGAGCAGCGGGGACCCCCACCCAUCGGACCUCUUUGACAAGUUAUGGGGGCAGCUCCGAGAGAGCCAUCGGAAUGCGCUUCAAGAAGCCGAGGACAAAGUGAGCAAGUUGAAGACGGCCCGCUAUCUAGAUGCCGAGAGUCUUCAGGCGUUUCACUCUCGGACCCAGAAGCUCAAAGAGGAAAAUAAAACCCUGCAGGAUACCAUCACUGGCCUGGAAGAAAGGCUCUGUACCAGAGAGUGUGAUCGAUGUGCCGUUUUAGAGGAGAACCUGAAAAACAACCAGGAUCAGAAUUUGCGUCUCAUCGCCAAACUGAAGAACGAAAGGGAGAGCCUUGAGGACGAAAACAGACAGCUACACGCUGAACUGCAAAAAAUAAAGAUAUCUCGCUUAGAGCUCCAACAGGCCUCGACCUCGGAACAAGAAGACGGCAUCAUCCCAGACUCCCCGAUCCUGAUGAGCUCGCUGCCUGCUCCAAACAAACUGCGGAAACAAAAAGAUGUGGACAAAAGGAAGCACGUUCGAUAUGCAGAGAUGCCUCUACCGUGCAAGUCGCUCUUCAGUGCACUCGAUACGCAGCCUGUUGACGCUACAAAGAAUCCUGGAAGACCACAAGUGCUUGUACCUGACACCUGUGUAUUGGACUCAUCCCAAGUCUUAAACGACGUAAAUCCGAACCAGGAAGACGCGAUCGCAGAAACCUGCGCCCUCGAACUCGGUGACCAGCCUCACGCGGUAGGACGGGUUCGUACUGCUGUGAAGUCGAAAACUACUGCAGGCCAGCAAAGAGUUUUGCAAUCUUCCUGGAAGCACGGCUUUCGUUUAAAACCAUACCACUUAUCCCCUUCCCCUUCAGCGCUGUCUCGCAGCGCAGCCACAGCCACAGAAAAGUCCCCGUCGCUUCUCCAGAGCGUCAAAAGGUUCUCGGAGGAUGGUUCGAGUAACAAAGCAAAACGGAAGAAGGAGGAAAGUGAGCCAGAGGUGCAAGAGGAGGACAAACGGGGCAUCCAGGAAGGGGUGGACAAACCGAACGAAGGCAGAAAAAUACAACCACAACUGAUCAAACAAAGCUCCACACGUUUAGCCAGUCCCCUUAGGGAGGAGUGUCUGGUGAACGGCAAGGAUCCGUCUGCACAAAACCGGACUCUGAGCCAAAAGCCAAAUGUGUCCUGCAUCAGUCCUGUUUUCAAAAAGCCAGAUGUGAAAGCAAAAUCUAUCCUAGACUUUUUUACUGGAAGGAGGCCCACGUGGAGUAUUGACCCGGCGCUCGCCCUGUCCAUGUACGACAGCGAGUGGAGAGGCGACGAGCAAAAGGAAAAAGAAGAAGAAGAAGAAGAAGGUUGUGGUGGUGGUGAUGAUGAUGAUGAUGAAGAAGAGUGUCAUGGAGAAUUAUUAGAUUCCGAUCGCACUUGGGUCAGUCACAGCCUUCUCCCGUGUCGGGGAGAAGCAGCCCGGGACCAAAGGGACGGCGUGUCUGGACUCGGAGAGAAGGCCAACGACAGUUUGGAUAUGAUGUUUGACACAACGGCUCACGGGGAGUACCAGUCCUGCAACAAUUCCCACUUGGACCACAGCCAGCCUGGAGACGGUGACGACGACGAUGAUGAUGAUGAUGAUGGAGAAGAGGACAAUGAUCAACAUGCUCAAGAAAAAACUAUGAACAAAGAUUUCGGGCACAAAGCAGGACGGCCAGCGUUUGCACACAUGGCCGUGGUUCGCAAGAAAGACGAGAGAAGAAAACUGAAGGGCGCCACCUGCAAGGAAUGUGAACUUUACUACGCCCAUCUGACGGAGGAGGAAAGGCAGGUGAAGCUUUCUGCAUGCUCGAGGCACCGGUUUCUAUACGUUCCUCCGAGUACUCCAGAAAACUUCUGGGAAGUUGGAUUCCCCUCAACUCAGACCUGCAUUGAAAGAGGUUAUAUCAAAGAAGAGAAGAAACCUCAGGCACGUUCUAGGAGAAGACAACCAUUCAAUGCUUUAUUCUCUCAAAAGCAAAAACAGCAGCAAAGCUAAAAACGGGUUAAAUGGGGACAUUUCCGCUCUGAGGCGCAGCUUGUUACUGUGUUAGAACUGCAGCAGGUGUACAAUGAAUCUCUGUUGACCCCUAGCUUCAGUUUGAAGUAUACAAUGCUGAUGUUCUCUGUUUGACAGGUGUGUGUGUUAGGUAAGAUGUUUGUGU